ACAGGCUGCGCCUCGUCUCGAAAAUAUUUUUCGCUUUCUCACCUGAACGAGUUACUCUCAGAUGGCCUCUGUUGACCAGGGUGUCCCCUCUCAAGUAUUUGACAACUUUGACGUCGACCUUGUUGUCAAAGUACUCAUUCAUACCGUCUUUAGUCCUUUCUUUAUUUUCUUCAUCCCAGUAUUCUACAGGUUCCAAGGCCUUGAGUUCGACUCGCCAGUGUUUAUCUAUUCCGCUAUCUAUUUCACCAUCGUCUCGGUAUUCUGGGGCCUCAAAUGGAUUUCACGCUUAUACAGAAACGGAAGCAACCUAUUUUUCGCGCCAGAACGCUUUGAUUGGGGAGAGCAGAUUGUACUUAUUACAGGCGGAGCAUCGGGUAUAGGAGAACUGAUCGCAAACACACUAGCUGUGCGCAGUGUUACGACCGUUGUUUUGGACGUGAAUCCCAUUGUGACAGAGAACUAUAAUAUCACUUAUUACAAAUGCGACGUUUCAAAAUGGGAAGAAGUCGAAGCUGUUGCGAAGCAAAUUGUUGAAGAGGUUGGACAUCCAACUAUCCUCAUCAACAAUGCUGGUGUCGUUCAGGGCAAAUGUCUGGUUGACCUAGACCCCGAAGACGUGAAACAGACCUUCAAUACGAAUGUUUUAUCCUCCUUCUGGACUCUCAAGGCUUUCCUCCCGGAAAUGAUUAAACGAGGGACAGGACACAUUGUAACUAUGUCGUCCGUCCUUGGUUUGGUCGGGGUCGCACAAAUGACCGAUUACUCUGCAUCCAAAGCAGCACUCGUAAACCUAUCCGAGUCCCUUCGCUAUGAACUUGACAAGCGAUACAAAACUCCAAAGAUCAGAACAACACUUGUUCUUGCGGGUCAUACUAUGACACCGAUGUUCUCCAGGAUGAGCUUGCCAUCAUCAUCGUUUUACAAGUUCUUUACGCCUUCACUGCCUGCUUACGCGGUUGCGAAAGCAGUGAUUGCCGCGAUCGACGAGCAAGAGUCAAGAACCAUUUUCUUGCCGUUCUAUACGCACUUUGUCCGAUGGGUGACAAUUCUGCCGAGUUAUCUUCGAGACUUGUUCCAAUGGAUGUCCGGUGCUGAUUAUGCAAUGGAAGGAUUUGUUAAAAUGUCGGGAAGGAGACCUGACGAAGGACGACCACCGCCAAUUGGAGCAGGUGAACCCGCUGCAGAGACGGUAAAUGGGCAUGCGAAGUGGGAUUGAUUGUCUAAUGUCAAAGCCUUUUGUUUCGAUGUGAGACGUUCGAGGCCCUGCAGUCAAUUAUUAUUCUUAGCAAUAGUACUACCACCGCUCCAUGACUCAGAUAUACAACAAGUUGUGUCUAGAUGCAAUUGUUGCAGAAGACGGCACGACUCCAUGUAAACUGUAGCAGUGACGUAUCUCUGUGAAACGUGGGUGUAUUAUUGGACGCAAUUAUUAAAUGGGGAACAAGUGAUAGGGGUUACAAAAAGGAAGCAGUGUGGUUGUGG